AUGGAGUCGAGUGGCACAGCCCUGAGCUGCACGCCUGCCGCCCUCCUGCUUCUGCAUCUGGGCCUGACCUCCAGUAUGGCUCAGAAAAAUGAAUUCCAGACCGGGCUUGUAGGAGGGGAGGUGACCCUGAACUGCACAGGCAUACUUCCUGAAUCACAAUUACCUCGGGACUCAGUUGUGAGAUGGAAGUACUCUGAUACUCUUCUGUGGCGUAUGGAAAAUAAUCAGAAAUAUUGGAGAAAACCAUCUUUCAUUACUGGCCGGUCUGACAUCAAGAUGCAAUACAAACAACUGAGCGUGAGGGAUUUGAAGCUCUCCGACGCCGGCAUCUACACCUGUGAAUACGGCACUCACAAAGUCCACACCUCACUGCACAUCGUUAACUUGGCAAUCUCUUUGGAUGGGCAUUUUCUGCAAAAUGAAGUGCCUAAGCUGAUUUUAACUCAAAAUUCACCCAGUCCUCUACCUGAUCUCAGCAUCACAUUGUUUGACAGUAACAAUAACAGAGUGACACCAGAAAUACAAAAGAAGAACCUUCAAGAAUACAUAGUGAAUUUAAAGAAACUGGGGACUAUGGACAGCGGGACCUGGGUGUGUCAGAUCCAUUCAGACUCUCCAUUGAUUAAUCAGAACAUCUCCUUUGCUGUGAAGGUAUUAGGUUUUCAGAAUCCAGAUUUGGAAAGAAAGUAUGCAACUGUUGAUAGUCCUGUCAUCUUGUCCUGGCGUCUGAACUCCCAGAAGAUAAAAUGGAAAAAAGGUUUCACAGGACAGCUAAAUUGGAAACAACAGGAAGGUGCAGAAUCUCAUGAGCUGCUUGAUUUCCACAUCAUAGCAGAAGGACAGCUGCAUGAGACUAAAAAAAGCAACAACUUUUUGUUUGAGAUACCUGAAAGCAAACCUGAAAGUUCCAUAGAAGUGAAGCUCCCCAAAGUCCAUUUCAAUCACUCUGGCCAGUACCAGUGCCAGCUGGAGUAUGAAAGAAGACAUGCACAGAGCAAGAUAGAGCUGGUGGUGAUGAAAGUCUCAGCUAACCCUUCUGGGCCACUCUCCAGAGGGGCCAGUGUGACCCUGACCUGCCAGGUCUCCGGACCGCUUGCACCCGAUGCCUACUUGAGCUGGGAACCUGUGAAUGGCUCCAAGAUGGACAUUAAGAAAUCAAAGCAGCGUGAAGUAAAGCUGGAGGUAACCAUCAGCACUGCAGGGCUGUGGAGCUGUCACCUCACAGAAGGCAGUGACAAAAAGAUCAGCUUGCACUACCACGUGGAGGAAGCUUCUGUUUGGAUUAUCAAUGUGAUAAUUGGAGCAAGCAUUGGAGGCAGUUUAUUGGUGUUUGCCCUUGGGUGCCUGUGCAUCAUCAGUGGUGUACGCUGGCAGCGGAGAAGGCAACGGGCAAAAAGGAUGGCACAAGCAAGACAACACUUGCUGGAAAACAAGACGUGUCAGUGUCAACAGAGUAACAAAAGAACAGGGGGAAAAAGAAUCACAGAACAGUCUGAUUUGUACCCUUUCCUCAAGGCCUUGGGUGAUGUGAAAUACACCAUCAUGUCGUGA